AAGUGUAGUGUUUGAAUGGUGUUUUACAAAUUUGUAAUUUCGGUAUUUCUUACGUUCGUGCAGGUGUGGCGUGAGUUCCCUGAUCGAUUGGUUGGUUAUCCAGGUCGUCUGCAUUUAUGGGAUGAGGGAACCGGCAAAUGGAAAUAUAAUUCGGAAUGGACUAGCUCCAUGUCCAUGAUUCUCUCUGGUGCUGCUUUCUAUCAUAAGUUCUUCAACUUCCUGUACACCCAUCAAAUGCCCUCUGUCAUUAAAUCUUGGGUUGAUGAAAAUUUCAACUGUGAAGACAUUGCAAUGAACUUCCUUAUCAGUAAUAUAACGGGCAAACCACCGAUGAAGGUCACCCCUAAGAAGAAAUUCAAAUGCCCAGAAUGCAUCAACAACGAAAACCUAUCAGCUGAUCCAAAGCACAUGGAAGCAAGGUCCGAAUGCAUUUCAGAUUUUUCCAAGAUUUACGGAAUUAUGCCAUUGAAAAGUGUUGAAUAUCGAGCUGAUCCUGUCCUGCACUUAGACACCUUGCCACAGGAGUUGAAACGAUUUAAGGACGUUGGUGAUAUUUAAUGUAAUUUAAUGCAUUAUUUUGUACAGAUUUUUGUAAUAUAGUACUAUUUAUAUGAAAUAUUGAUCAAUUCAGUAGCAUUUUUUAUAUAUUGUAAUAGAACUUAAUUGUAAUACUGUUAUUAGAGAUCAUCUUUGGUAUUUGUUGGAUAAAAUAAUGCUGCAGCAGUGGUGUUGUAGCCUGGUGGUUAAGAAGCUUGCUUUCCAAUAAUUAAGUCUUAUGAAUAAAACAACUCAGUUUAUGAAUUAUUA